AUGGACGGCAAGAGACACCCGAGCUCGUUCCAGCAGCUCGAGAAGCUCGGCGAGGGCACAUACGCGACUGUCUUCAAAGGUCGAAACCGGCAAACAGGAGAGCUUGUUGCGCUGAAGGAAAUUCACCUGGACUCGGAAGAGGGCACACCCUCAACUGCGAUUCGGGAGAUCUCCCUUAUGAAGGAGCUCAAGCACGAGAACAUUGUCGCCCUUCACGAUGUCAUCCACACCGAGAACAAGUUGAUGUUGGUCUUCGAGUAUAUGGAUGGGGACUUGAAGAAGUAUAUGGACACCCAUGGCGACAGGGGCGCCUUGAAGCCGCACCAGAUCAAAUCUUUCAUGUACCAACUCUUGAGAGGCAUUGAUUUUUGCCAUCAGAACAGGGUGCUGCACCGAGACCUGAAGCCACAGAAUCUCUUGAUCAACGGCAAGGGACAGCUCAAGCUUGGCGACUUUGGACUAGCCCGCGCCUUCGGCAUUCCUGUGAACACCUUUUCGAACGAGGUUGUUACGCUCUGGUAUCGUGCACCGGACGUUCUUCUUGGAAGCAGAACGUACAACACAAGCAUCGAUAUCUGGUCUGCGGGAUGCAUUAUGGCGGAGAUGUACACUGGUCGACCAUUGUUCCCUGGCACAACGAACGAGGACCAGAUCAUCCGGAUUUUCCGCAUUAUGGGAACACCCACCGAGCGUACCUGGACUGGCAUUACCCAGUUUCCUGAGUACAAGCCAACCUUCCAGAUGUACGCCACCCAAGAUCUUCGCCAGAUCCUCCCACAGAUCGAUCCCACAGGCAUCGAUCUGCUCCAGCGGAUGCUCCAGCUACGCCCUGAACUACGCAUCAGCGCGCACGAAGCCCUUAAGCAUCCUUGGUUCAACGACAUUGUCAUGCAGCAGCACCAGCAGCAAACCUUGCAAGCACAGGCUAGAGCGUACCCCGGACAGGGGUCUUACGAGACGUACUGA